AUGAUGCUUGAGAUCUUUACCGUCUUUCUGCCUUGCUGGGAGGUCAUCAGGCACCAGACCUUGCGACAGGAAACUCUCGACUCAAUCGCCCAAUGGCAGCUCAACACGAACCCUGACUGCCUGGCAAAGGACGGCUCCGUCAAGAGCAGUGGCUCUGGCGAGAGUAUCCUUACCAUGGAAGCUCUUGAGUACGUUCUUGAGCGAAACCCCGAGCCUCUCCAGCAGUUCUCUGCGCUUCGAGAUUUCUCUAGUGAGAACAUCGCCUUCUUGAGAGCUGUCGCAGAGUGGAAGUCUUCGCUGCCUCCAGCUUUUCGCGACCGCGAGAAGAUCAAGAAUGCCGCUGUCCAGGAGCUUGUCCGCGAGCGAUUCAAUAGCGCUCUCCGCAUUUAUACCAACUUUGUCAGCUCCCGCGAUGCCGAGUUACAGAUCAACCUGUCUUCACAAGACCUGAAGAAGCUGAAGGAUGUCUUCGAAAACUCUGCCCGCAUCCUGUACGGCGAGAAGCGCCAGAUUGACCCGGCCACACCAUUUGACUCUUUUGCGAUGACCGCCACCAACAUUAAAUCCUCCUCCGCGUCGUCCCACGGAUCCGAGACUGGCAUUAUGACCGAGUUGAUUAACGAUACGGAGCACGUUGGCGAUAAGGCCCUCUACUGGGGUGAUAUCCCCGACGGCCAGCGCUGA